CCUGCCUCCGCCGCCGCCGCCGCCGCCGCCGCCCGCUCCCUCGCUCUCGCUCUCCCUCUCCCGUCGCCGCGGCGCGGUGCGGAAGGUAGGUUGCAGUGCGUGUGUGUACACACCGCCCCGAGCAGGAAAAUGGACCCCUUAGGGAGGCAGGCAGGCGUUAGCCGCGCACGCUGCGCGCUCCCGGGGAGGCAGCGGCUAUGAGGAGGCGAGCGGAGGACGGGGGAACAAGCAGCAUAAAAAAGAAGUGUUGAGAGCUGCUCUUAACCCUUUUGGAGUCCGAAGUCAAAAGGGAACUAGGGGGCUUGAUACAUCGCUUGCAUCCUGCAUUUACUCUGACCACAGUCCCUCCCUGUUCUCACAAGUGGAGCUCUGCCCUGCUUCCCUUCCUGUUGAUUCCCAGUCAGCUACAUGACUGCCUGAAGUUACAUUGUAGAUGCUGAAAUCACUGCACCUUAAAAACAAAAAGAUUAAACUGCACUGCAUUCUUACAAAUUGCCUUCGUGGUCCUGGUCCUUUGGUUCCACACAAUCAUCGACUGAGCUGAAGGAGAUCUCCCUAUAGCUACUGCUGGAGAAAGGACACUGCAAGGGACGAAGUGACUCUGCUAUCACACAGCUCAAACUGCUUCAAAGGUCUGCCCAGUGUGAGGAACAUACAGCAGAGGGGGAAGCUGAUGGGAAGUGCCAUGAAGCUUACCUUGCAGAGAUCCUUCAAGUGUUCACUUUGGAGGACAGGAUUGACAGGAGCGAAGGAGGCUCGUCUCUAAAUCCUUGGAAACCCAGGAGUCCAGAGAUAGCCGUGCCAUGCAGUGGUUGGCAGUUUUCCUCAACUUUGCAAGAGACAGAGAGAUUUGGUUGGAAUGAAACCUUGCUCUCCGAACAGUCUGCUUGAGAUGCAGCAUUGAAAGAUCACUCACGAUCAGUUUGUGGCCUUCCUCCGAAGGAACCUUUCCUGUCUCUUCUACACAGCCUUUCUCUGUUCCCUGCCCCAAUGAACGUCUGCACUAGGUCCAAGGCUUGGAGUAAUUUACCUGAAGAGUGAUACCAUUUGGAAACCACUGAAGAAACCCAAGACAGCUGAAAACCAGAAGGCGUCUGAGGAGAAUGAGAUUACUCAGACGGGUGCAUGCAGCGCCAAGCCGGGCCUUCCCUGCCUGAACCUUGAAGCUGUUCCGUCUCUGAGCCCGGCCCUCAUCCACUCACCACAUUCACCAACAAACCUGCACGCACACACAGGGUCAUCUGAUUGUAACAUCAGUUGCAAGGGGAUGACAGAGCGCAUUCAUAGCAUCAACCUUCACAACUUCAGCAAUUCUGUGCUCGAGACCCUCAACGAGCAGCGCAACCGUGGCCACUUCUGUGACGUGACGGUCCGCAUCCACGGGAGCAUGCUACGCGCCCACCGCUGCGUGCUGGCGGCUGGCAGCCCCUUCUUCCAGGACAAGCUGCUGCUGGGCUACAGCGACAUCGAGAUCCCCUCGGUGGUGUCAGUCCAGUCUGUGCAAAAGCUCAUUGACUUCAUGUACAGUGGGGUGCUGCGGGUCUCACAAUCAGAGGCCCUCCAAAUCCUCACAGCUGCCAGCAUCCUGCAGAUCAAGACUGUGAUUGAUGAGUGCACAAGGAUUGUCUCACAAAAUGUGGGAGAGGUCUACCCGGUGAUUCAGGAUUCUGGCCAGGAGACACCCAGGGGAACACCCGAAUCAGGCACUUCGGGGCAGAGCACUGACACAGAGUCCGGCUACCUGCAGAGCCACUCGCAGCACAGUGUGGACAGGAUCUACUCAGCCCUCUAUGCCUGUUCCAUGCAAAAUGGCAGUGGGGAGCGCUCCUUUUAUAGUGGGGCUGUGGUCAGCCACCACGAAACAGCCCUGGGGCUCCCCAGGGACCAUCACAUGGAAGACCCCAGCUGGAUUACCCGGAUCCAUGAACGGUCACAACAGAUGGAGCGGUACCUCUCCACCACUCCAGAGACCACGCACUGCCGCAAGCAACCACGCCCUGUCCGAAUUCAAACCCUGAUGGGCAACAUCCAUAUUAAGCAGGAGAUGGAGGAUGACUAUGACUACUAUGGCCAACAGAGGGUGCAGAUCCUUGAGCGCAACGAGUCUGAGGAAUGCACUGAGGACACUGACCAAGCAGAAGGCACUGAGAGUGAGCCCAAAGGGGAGAGUUUUGACUCGGGAGUCAGUUCCUCCAUUGGCACUGAGCCCGAUUCCGUGGAGCAGCAGUUUAUGGCUGGUCUGGGCCGGGAUGGGCAGCAAGAACCUUCUCAAGCAGAUCAAAAUGACGUCCCUGCUGAUGGCACUCAGCCACAGCAGCAGCAGCAGCAGCAUGUAGAUGCCAACUCUUCCUCACCAGAGAGAAGCAAUGACGUUGAAAUGGACAGCAAAGUGCUCACAGUCAAUAACAGCACCGAAAAGGGGGCUUUGCAGCCUUCUGUCAACACAACUGUUGCCCAACCAUUGCCAACCACACAGAUCUACUUACGCCAGACAGAAACCCUCACCAGCAAUCUGAGGAUGCCACUGACUCUGACCAGCAACACUCAGGUCAUUGGCACAGCUGGCAACACCUACCUGCCUGCCCUUUUCACCACACAGUCUGCUGGCAGCGGCCCUAAGCCUUUUCUCUUCAGCCUGCCCCAGCCCAUAGCUGGCCAACAGACACAGUUUGUGACAGUGUCCCAGCCUGGCCUGUCAACCUUUACUGCUCAGCUGCCAGCCCCUCAGCCCUUGGCCCCAUCUGCGGGCCACAGCACAGCAGGUGGGCAAGGUGAAAAAAAGCCUUACGAGUGCACUCUCUGUAACAAGACUUUCACCGCCAAACAGAACUACGUCAAGCACAUGUUUGUACACACAGGUGAGAAACCCCACCAAUGCAGCAUCUGUUGGCGCUCCUUCUCUUUAAAGGAUUACUUAAUCAAACACAUGGUGACGCACACUGGCGUGAGGGCGUACCAGUGCAGUAUCUGCAACAAGCGCUUCACCCAGAAGAGCUCCCUUAACGUGCACAUGCGCCUCCACCGCGGGGAGAAGUCCUACGAGUGCUACAUCUGCAAGAAGAAGUUCUCCCACAAGACCUUGCUGGAGAGGCAUGUGGCUCUGCACAGUGCCACCAACGGCACGCCUGGAGCCACCGGCACCGGCGCCAGGGCUGUCCCUGCUGGGGUGGUGGCCUGCACAGAGGGGACCACAUACGUCUGCUCUGUCUGUCCAGCUAAAUUUGACCAAAUCGAGCAUUUCAACGACCACAUGAGGAUGCAUGUGUCAGACGGAUAAGUAGAAUCUCUCUCUCUCUUUGUUAUGAACAAAAAAAAUAGAAACAACAAAAAAAGCUAUGGCACUAGAAUUUAAGAAAUGAUUUUUGUUUCAUUUUUACCUUUAUUUUCCUCCUUUUUUUGGGUUCAUUUCGUUUUGUUGUUUUUGUACUACAUGAAGAACUGUUUUUUGCCUGCUGGUACAUUACAUUUCCGGAGGCUGGGUGAAUAAUAAUUUUCCCAACCUCCCUCGGAUGGUGGCCUUAAGGCCAGGUAGUGCUUCAUGAGCUCCACUGGUUGGAUCUCUAGCUACUGGCCUCUAAAUACAACCCUUCUUUACUACAAAAACAAAAACAAAAAAACACAAAAAAAAACACAAACAAAAAAAACCAUAAAAAAUCAAAAAACAGACAGAAAAAAAAUAAAAACAAAAAAUUUUCUUUUUUCUCACUUGUGAAGAGCACUACAAAAAAAAAGAAACAAAACAAAAUAUAUUACAAAAUCUACAAGGCCUACUGUCGUUAUAAGUACACCGCUCGCAGUGUUUCAAUGGACAUAAUUCACAAUGCUGACCGCUUUUGGACUUCACAGUAUCCAGUUAGAACUGUGGAAUAUUUUGCUUCUGGUUGAGCAGCAACCAGAGGAAACAAGGCCCUGCUGGUUUCCACCACGUGUCUGCUUUCUCACACACAUGCAUCCACAAACACACGAAAGGGCUGAGGGGAGUGCAAGGCAGUGUGGCUUGGAUAGUGUGGAGUCCCUGCAGGAUGAGGAAAAAAGAAUAAGAGGUUCCUCACCUGGAUUCUGCUCCAUCCCACGCUCUUUGGCUCACCCUCCCCGCUGCUUUUCCCAUACCACCACCACCUUACAGCAGAAACCAAGAAGAUUCAGACAACGAGCAACGGUGGCUUUUUGUAAUUUAUUCAGUGUCUUCGCUGAGCCCAGGGCCUCAGCACAAUCAAGAGGGACUUUCACAGAAGGC